AGCCGCUGCCGCCGGCGGCCACUGUCAGGGCGCGAGCGGCGGGAGCGCACGCAGGGCUGGAGCGAGUGCAGCCGCCGCCGCCGCCGACACCGCGGCACAUGGGCCGGCCCCGCCGCUGCCGUCGCCCCUAGCCCCAGCAGCCCUGGUCUCGCAGCCUCCUGCGGCUCUGGUCGCCCGACCAGCCAUGUCUCUCGGCGGAGCCUCCGAGCGCAGCGUCCCGGCCACCAAGAUUGAAAUCACCGUGUCCUGCCGGAACCUGCUAGACCUUGAUACCUUCUCCAAGUCCGACCCCAUGGUGGUGCUUUACACGCAGAGCCGGGCCAGCCAGGAGUGGCGGGAGUUCGGACGGACCGAGGUGAUUGAUAACACGUUGAACCCAGACUUCGUGCGCAAAUUCGUCCUCGACUAUUUCUUUGAGGAAAAGCAAAAUCUGCGCUUCGAUGUGUACAACGUGGACUCCAAAACCAACAUCUCCAAACCGAAGGAUUUCCUGGGACAAGCGUUCCUGGCCCUGGGAGAGGUGAUCGGAGGCCAGGGCAGCCGAGUAGAGCGAACCCUCACGGGUGUACCAGGCAAGAAGUGUGGGACCAUAUUGCUGACUGCAGAAGAGCUUAGCAAUUGUCGGGACAUUGCCACCAUGCAGCUGUGUGCAAACAAGCUGGACAAGAAGGACUUCUUUGGGAAAUCAGACCCCUUCCUUGUGUUCUACAGAAGCAAUGAGGAUGGCACGUUCACCAUCUGCCACAAGACAGAGGUUGUGAAAAACACACUGAAUCCUGUGUGGCAGCCCUUCAGCAUCCCUGUGCGGGCUCUGUGCAAUGGAGACUAUGACAGAACGGUGAAGAUUGAUGUGUAUGACUGGGACCGGGAUGGAAGCCACGAUUUCAUUGGUGAGUUCACCACCAGCUACCGGGAGCUGAGCAAGGCCCAGAACCAGUUCACAGUGUAUGAGGUUCUUAACCCUCGGAAGAAAUGUAAGAAGAAGAAAUAUGUCAACUCAGGAACUGUGACGCUGCUCUCCUUCUCUGUGGACUCUGAAUUCACUUUUGUUGAUUACAUCAAGGGAGGGACACAGCUGAACUUCACAGUAGCUAUUGACUUCACAGCUUCCAAUGGGAAUCCUCUGCAGCCUACCUCCCUGCACUACAUGAGUCCCUACCAGCUCAGCGCCUAUGCCAUGGCCCUCAAAGCAGUGGGAGAGAUCAUCCAGGACUAUGACAGUGAUAAGCUCUUCCCAGCUUACGGCUUUGGGGCCAAGCUGCCCCCAGAGGGACGGAUCUCCCACCAGUUCCCCCUGAACAACAAUGAUGAGGACCCCAACUGUGCGGGCAUCGAGGGUGUGCUGGAGAGCUAUUUCCAGAGCCUGCGCACAGUGCAGCUCUAUGGACCCACCUACUUUGCUCCUGUCAUCAACCAAGUGGCCAGGGCUGCAGCCAAGAUCUCUGAUGGCUCCCAGUACUAUGUUCUGCUCAUCAUCACUGAUGGGGUCAUCUCUGACAUGACGCAGACCAAGGAGGCCAUCGUCAGUGCCUCCUCAUUGCCCAUGUCUAUCAUUAUCGUCGGUGUAGGACCAGCCAUGUUUGAGGCAAUGGAAGAGUUGGACGGUGAUGAUGUGCGCGUGUCCUCUAGGGGACGCUACGCAGAGCGGGACAUCGUUCAGUUCGUCCCAUUUCGAGACUAUGUUGACCGGUCGGGGAACCAGGUGUUGAGCAUGGCCCGACUGGCCAAGGAUGUGCUGGCCGAGAUCCCGGAGCAGCUGCUGUCCUAUAUGCGCACCAGAGACAUCCAGCCUCGGCCCCCACCCCCUGCCAACCCCAGCCCCAUCCCAGCUCCAGAGCAGCCCUGAGGAUUCCACAUAUCCAAUGCCUCACAGUCUGCUCGCCUGCUCACCCACUGCUUCUGCUUUAAGCCAGAGGCACCUGGAACCCUGGACUUCAUUAGGAGGGCCAACUUGGAGGAUCAGUGCUGGCUGACAAGCCCUCCGCCUCCUUGCCUGCAGAGGGCCUGGCACUAUUACCACCUCCCUGCCUUCAUGCCAAUAAUAAAGCUGAUCUUUAUUCCA